AUGGCACUUGGCGAUGCACCUGCCGAGCUCAGAAAUGACAGGGACGUUGUUUGGCUAGCAGUGGGUCAAGACCCGCAGGCAUUGCAAUUUGCCUCCGAGACCAUACGAAAGGACAGAGACAUCGUCCGUCGAGCGGUCAAGCAAGACGGCGCUGCCCUGGAGUUUGCAGACGAGCAGCUGACACUGGACGCGGAAAUUGUCAGGUCCGCAGUGCAGCAAAAUGGACGUGCACUGGAAUAUGCUGGGGAGGAGCUGAGAAGCGACGAAAGCAUUGUGCUUGAUGCGGUUCUCAACAACUGGCAAGCCCUGCACUUUGCUGCGGAGGAGUGCCGGAACUGCCAGCGCAUCAUCCUAGCAGCAGCCCAGCAGAAUCUAGAGACAGCUAUGGAUUUCGCGUCAAAGAGUCUGAAGAACAACGCGGAGUUUGCCAUGGCUGCAGUCCGUUUAAACUAUUCGGCUUUUCAGUAUGUUUCCUCAAGGUUGCGGAAGGAUGCAAAGUUCGUCCUCAGUGCCGUCCAGGAAAACUCCAACGUUUUGCAGUAUGCCCCCCUGCACCAGGGUAAUGAUGAAAUUGUCAUGGCCGCCGUCCAACACAAUGGCAUGACCCUGGAGUACAGCCUGAAGCGAAUGUGUGCAAACAAGAGUGUGGUUCUCGCUGCAGUCACCCAGAACGGACGUGCACUGCAGUUUGCCUCCCAAACUUUACAGAGGGACAGAGAAGUUGUGCUGGCCGCCGUCACUCAGGAUGCCUUUGCCUUGAAGUUCGCUUUCUUCCAACUGCAAGGAGACAGAGAGAUAUUCGUAGCUGCUGCCAGGCAAGGUGAAUGGGCCUUACGUUAUGCAUCGGAGGAGCUUCGAAACGACAAAGACAUUGUCACUGAUGCAGUCACUCAGCACGGGCUCGCAUUGCAGUUUGUACCGGAGAAUCUACGGGUGGAUCGGGAGAUUGUCAUGGCAGCAGUUCAGCAGAACGGACUUGCCUUACAGUUCGCUCCAAAAGACAUGCGAGAAGACGCUGAAUGUGUCAUGGCAGCGGUCCGCGAAACUGGCAUUGCCUUAGAGUUUGCUUCUGAUGGCCUCAAACGCAAGCAAGACAUUGUGCUUACCGCACUCUCAGCCGACUACAAAGCAAUUCAAUUUGCAGACGAACGACUGCUUCACGAUCAAACCUUCUUCAUGCUUGGAGUGGAGAUAAAUGGCUGUCUGCUCGAGUACGCACCGGAAAACAUCCUCCAAAACAAGGACAUCGUUGCAGCUGCGGAUACGUCGUUGCAACGCGCUGCGGAUAUGCCAAAUUUCGACGGUACCGAAAUGUUUGCCAUUCAGUUCCUGCCUGAAAAUUUGCAGACCAACAAGGAAUGUGUCUUGGAUUCCGUCGGUCAUCGUGGCUGUGCAUUGCAACACCUAGUAGAUGCCAUGAAGCUAGACAAGGAGAUAGUGACAAGGGCAGUGAAACAAAACGGCAAUGCUUUGCGAUAUGCGAGUGCCAAGCUUCGAGGAGACAGCGAGGUCGUUUUUUGGGCAAACGGUUUUGCGAUACAGUUUGCUUCCCCAUCAUUGCAGCAAGACAAGUACAUCGUGGAGACCGCAGUUUCGUCGAGGGGCUACGCCUUGAAAUUCGUGCCUAAGCAAGCAGCCCGAGAGAAGAAUGUCGUCCUGGCUGCAGUCCGACAGGACGGGCGAGCCUUGAAGUUCGCUUUGAAGGAGUUUCAGGAUGACAAAGAGGUCGUGCUAGCCGCUGUCCGACAGAAUCGCGAGGCCUUGCAGUUCACGCAGUUCAAGGAGGACAGAGAAGUCGUCUUGGCUGCUGUCGAGACCAACGGUAUGGCCUUGGAGUAUGCUUCGCCGGAGCUACAAAACGAUGCGCACACCGUGCUGGCUGCCAUUCGCACCAACGGCGUGGCCCUCAAGCAUGCCUCAAAGCGCUUAAGAUGCGACAGGAAUUUCGUCUUGGAUGCAGUCCGCGCAACUCGAGCUUCUUGGCUGGUGCAACUCGCCGCAGACAAUCUCUCUGCUGAUGAAGCUUUCGUCCAGAUGUGCGAUGAGGCUGCAGGGAAUGGACUAAUAUUCACCUAUUAUCAUUCAUAUGACUGCUUCCAAGAUAUGCGACAAAAUUUACCUAGCGGGGCAUGUGGGGCCUCGAUACCUGGAGGCAAUGCAUACGAUCUGGUCUUAGCUAAACUACGGCAGGACCAGGGAAGUGCUGCGACAGUUUGGUUCGAUGGCAUCCCUGUGUUUGGAAGCAGUGCUGACUCCGGAUGCUGGCUGCAUCCAAGCGAAGAGUGCGGCCGGGACAUGGUGGAGGUGCCGCCAAAACAUGACCGCCAUCCGAUGUGGAAUACCAUGCUGGAGUCUAGGAUCAGCGAUCUUGAGCCUACAGUUGGUGCCAAACACCCCUGUUGGUGUUGUCAUUGGCUUCGGGCUGUGAAAGAACGUCAUGAAAAGGGUGCCGUUAUUUGCUGUACUACUUCGAACAUUUACCAAGAUGAUUGGGUGGCGAAGUACGCUUCAGGAUCCUCAGAGCUCAGUGAUGCCCGUGCUGAUCAGCUAAGUCUGGGUAGAGAAAACUUCAAAAAUGUCAAACCUGAGGGCUGGGGCGAAGGGUCUAUGCAGAUUUCGAACGGCCGAAGUUUUCUGCGUGAGGCCAAGGUACAUCCACGAACCAACCUGCCCUUGGGAGUGGGCUGCCGUUGGGAGAGGAAGGCUUUAGACACCCUUGGAUUUCCAGUCUAUGUUUUCUUUAUGCCUUGA